GUUCCACGCUGCUGGAGGAUCCAAAGUUGGCUAGCCGCCACCUAGUGUCAUCUUAGGCGCACGCUAUCGAUAGAUUCGAAAAGUUAAUUCGCAGGACCCACCUUGCCAUUAAAUGUACCAGGUAGAUGACUAAGUAAACUCUCGACUGUGUAUUUUCUCUCUUCCAUUUCGUCGUCAUCAUCAACAAAAAACAUUGUUUUUCAUCACAUUUGCCAUCUUCCCCGUCACGUCUCUUCUCCCCCUUUUCCUCCACGACACACUUCACUUAUUCUGAGUCUAGGUGUCUUGGGGCGUUUGCCUAGGCUAUUGCAUUUAACGACCCCUCGAACACCCCCGACGAUAUCCAUGGCAGCGUCAUUAGAUCGUUUGAAGUGACGACCGAUGCACUCAAGGAGACGCGAUCAGCUUCCAGUCAUUCUCAACCCCAUACUACCAGAACUUCAUGCAAUAAUAUCAUUCCCUCUUUACAUUUUACUUAACCACCAUAGAACUACUGAACCAUCAUCUACUUUUAUGCUAUAUCCGUUUCUAUCCCGCAUUUGAUACACUUAAUCCUUUCUUUACAUUCACACCAUGGAAAACACCGAACAGAUCUGGGGUAUAACCCCCCCCAUCGCGACAGCACUCCCUACGGCGGCGGAGACACACUCGACCCAUCUGCUUCUGGAGGAGCUAAGGCGCCAGAAUACCUUCGAAUCUGUAGCAGAGACCAAGAAGAGGGAGAGAGUUCUAGCCGACCUACAGCGGAUCGCGGACGAGUUUGUGCGACGAGUGGCAAAAGAGAAGGAACCGCAGAACGAAGUUCUUAUUCGAGAUGCCAGAGGAGAAGUCUUCACGUAUGGAAGUUACUGUUUAGGCGUUUAUGGUCCUGGGUCGGAUAUCGAUACCCUUGUUACUGCUCCCAAAUACGUUACGCGCGAUGACUAUUUCAAGUACUUCCCUUCAUUACUACAAGAGAUGGCUCCUAAGGGUGCUGUGACAGAUCUGACUGCUGUCGAGGACGCGUUCGUACCCAUCAUCAAAUUCGAAUACUGGGGAAUCAGUAUCGAUUUGAUCUUCUCGAGAAUUGCCACUUUGAAACAAUUCCCACCUCACGGCCAGCUGAACUUAACCAACAACGAGUAUCUACGCGGCUUAGACGAUCGCGAGCUCCGCUCUCUGAACGGGACUAGGGUUACUAAGGAGAUUCUUAACCUCGUUCCAGAGCAGAGCACUUUCCGUCUCGCCCUGAGGGCCAUCAAGCUAUGGGCCCAACGUCGCGCCAUUUACGCUAACAUUAUCGGAUUUCCAGGUGGUGUAGUAUGGGCUAUGAUGGUAGCGCGAGUCUGUCAGCUCUAUCCACGAGCUGCCAGUGCUACUAUCGUUGCCAAGUUCUUCCAGAUUAUGAAGGCCUGGCAUUGGCCCCAGCCCGUACAGUUGAAGAAGAUCGAGGACGGUCCACUUAACGUUCGUGUCUGGAACCCGAAGAUCUACAAGAGUGACAGCUAUCACUUAAUGCCUGUUAUCACGCCAGCCUACCCGCAGAUGUGUGCGACCUUCAACAUCACGCAUUCAACCAUGGCCAUCAUACAGCGUGAGCUAGAACGUGGCUUUGACCUCACUAACAAAAUACGAGCCGGCAAGCUCGCAUGGAAGGAUUUGUUCGUAAAGCAUACAUUCUUCACUGCCGACCACAAAUAUUACCUAGCAAUCAUCGCCACUAGCACUACCAAGGAGGCGCACAAGAUAUGGUCGGGCUUUGUGGAAUCGAAAGUUCGAGUCCUGGUGGGCGACCUAGAUAGAGUCGAGUCCGUCGCCAUUGCGCGUCCCUUCAACAAAGGAUACGAGAGGGCCCACAGAGUUAAGAAUGAUCAGGAGACCGAAGAGGUGCAGAAUGGAAAUUUGAGCUAUCGAGUCCAAGAUGAUGAUGGCCCAGAUGAUGCUAAGGUAAAGGAGAACGGCGCUGAUGGCAAAGGUGAAGUAAAGACAGAAGCGAACCUUGGAGCCGAGCAAGAGAAUGGCCAGCCGAAUCCUGACACCAAGUCCGACCCUGAAGAUCAGAAAACGAAAGUCGACAAUGUCGCCGAUGCAUCUGUUCUUGGCACCAAGAUCUACACCACCACUCACUACGUAGGCCUUGAGCUUGCUGAAGGCGCAAAGUCAUUGAACUUAUCUUAUCAAGUCGAUGCAUUCAAAUCCAUGUGUGGCCAGUGGGAAAAGUACGAGCCAAAUCUCAACUACUUGAGCGUUCAGCACGUGAAGAAUACGAAUCUACCUGACGAUGUUUUCGAGCCAGGCGAGGUUAAGCCCACGCGGCCCCUUAAGAAGGCGGUCGCAAUGAAGCGCAAUGCGUCGUCCGAAGGCAACCCCCCACCGGCAAAGCGAUCGCAAACCAAUCUACACGCAUCUGCUGCUGCUGUAGGUUGAGUGCAAAGGAAACGUAACGAAUGAUACGACGCCUCCGCCUCUUCUGCCUCUGCAGAAGUCGUCUUGGACCAUUUUGGAUGCCAACUGAUCUGCUGCAGCUGACACCACAUCACUUUACAUUGAUACUAACAUAGUAGUUUGCGAAAGUAACCGUUUCGCAAUUUCGUGAGUACACUCGACUUGAUUGCAACUCGACCUAAUGCGUGAGGAUAAUUAGUCUCCUCAUCGCGAAACAACAACCUUGCACCAUCGGCGUGGUAGCCACCCAGUAAUAAGGGGAGAAGAGAUAGGCACUUGCGGAAGACAAACGUGUAGCAACGACUUGAUAUCGCGGAAGCCAUGACAGUCAUUCUCCUCUCUAUUUUACAGUACGACGAAUGUGCGAAGUACAACAUUACAGCCGAAACGACGACUAAUGGUUAUUUGGGGGGUUUUUCAAGAAAGGAAGAUGAGAUGGCAUAUCCCGUCUAUUCAGAUACCCCUCUUUCCGACUUUCUCAGUUUUCUUAUGUUCUCUGGCAUCAUCUUGUGAGAGACAAAACUUUCUUCACAUCCACACACUGAUCUGACAUAGGGCAUCGGGGCAUCAAACGCCGGGGGAAAAUGGGCACGGUGCGUGUAUGUAGUGGCUUUUGCAGAUAAAUAAACUUGCUUCUAGAGGCAUAAGUGCCUCGUAACACAUAUAAUAUUGUCUUCAG